AGGGAAAUAUCGGUUGAGGAAGUGAAAUUGAAGGAAAAAAUGGCAAGUGAAGGAGGCAAAAUCAAUGGAGGGUUCAAGUCAAAAUUGGAGCAUGCGUUAUAUAGUGGAGAGAAGAAGCAUGUAUUGGCUGGGAUUGGGAUUAUUUCUCUUCUUUUUGGUGUGCCUUGGUAUCUCAUGAACAGAGGAUCAAGGCACCAUUCCCAUCAAGAUUACAUGGAAAAAGCUGAUAAAGCACGAAGUGAAAGACUUUCCUCUGGUUCUGCUCGUGCUAAAUGAUCAUUCUGAAUGUUAUGUCAAGGAAUUUGUUUCCAAACAGUGUUUGGCUGCAGAAAAGGAUACACGGCUGCUUUUCUUCAUCCUUUUUUGACGAAGCCGUCAGCCAGUAGGAUAAUAUUUAUUUAUUUUGUUGCUAAGAUGCAUUAAGGAGAUGAAUAUCAGUUAAGAACUUAAAGAGUUGCGGUGAGUAAACCAUAAUUAGAGAUCUUACAGCUGGAAAUUUUUCUUUUUGACAAUUUUGUAGAAUAGAAUAUUAGUUGGACCAAAAAAUAAGUUAUGGUUUGUCUUGGUGACCACAUUGUGUUCUCUCAAAUACAGAAUGUUAUUUUCUUUGAUCA